UGAUUCCCCUCUGCUCCCUCUCCGGCUCCCCCGAUCUGAACUCGCCGCCGCCUACCUCCGGGGUCCGUGCCUCGCCGGCCCCUCGCCGUCGCCACCUCCCUCUUGUCCACGUGCCCCGCCCCGCCGCCCCCUUCCCCACGCGCUGCUUCCGCGCCUGCGCACUCCGCCGCACCCAGCCGCCCAGUCCUCUCCGCGGCGGUGUGCAGGCGUGAGCGAGUGAGGCGUGCACCACGCCCUGCACUACCUAAGCAGCCAUCCUGCAGCCACCAGCUACACAUCCAUCCCUCCCGCCGCCCCUCGACUGAACGCAGCACACAGGUAGACCACCCUCUUUAAAAUUCCUAGGUUCGGCUACCGGAGAGCACAACUGUGCCCGCGCGAGAUGGGAAUGGAGGAGGCAGCUGCGGGGGGUGCCGCGAGGCAGGCGAAGGAGUCGCUGGAGCUGGCGUUCCAGAUGUCCCAGAUCCUGGACACCGGCCUCGACCGCCACACCCUCUCGCUGCUCAUGGCGCUCUGCGACCGCGGCGCCAACCCGGAGGCCCUUGCUGCCCUCGUCCGUGAGCUCUCCUCCGCCGCUCCCCCAACACCCGCCACCCCCACCGCGCCCGCCUCCAACGCGGCGGCAGCCCCGACUGCUCCCUCGCUGUUCCCCUCCGGCUUUCGCCAGCUCUAGGCUAGGGUUCGUGUCCUCGACCCCUUCUUCUUUUUCCUCCCAGAUGACACCGCUUGUCACUUGGAUGCGUUGUAUGUGUGCACUUAGGCCUUCCAUUCUGUAGGCUGAAACUGGUUUGUGGUUUGUAUUCUCAAGAUUGGUAAUGCAAGGGGAGCUGUGUCAAACUCUGUUACACUCUAGCAAAUGAUUUUCUCUUCUGUUGGCUAAAACUGAUUCCUGGUUUGUAUCCUCAAGAUUGAUAAUGCAAUGAAGUCUGUGUCAAAUUAUGUUA